AUGGGUUCACAAACAGCGGCGAAGAUCCCUCGGCUCAAAACCUUUGACUGGCCCCCUCGGGGCUCCAUUGAAUUCAUGGGUAGAUGGACCUUCCAGAAGGGCAUCGCUACCUUUGAUACGCGCACGGGCAUGCAGGGCCGUCAAGCCGAGUCGCCUCUGCUCCCCCCGGAGAUCAGGACGCCGCGGAGAGACUCGCGUGCCUUCCUGCCCUUCACAAAAGCCAACGCGACUCCAAAGACUAACUACUCGGAAAGCUUCUCUGAAAGCAUAUGA